AUGCUGCUCUCCCAUAAUCCUCUCUGCCCGAGGCGUCCCUCCGCCCAGGCCCCCAGCGGGGCCGACCCGGUACCUGCUGCAGGCGGAGGUGAGAGGCCAGCACGGGAGGUUUAUACUAUCAACUUGGAGUCUCGUUAUUUACUAAUACAAGGAGUUCCUGCAUUAGGUGUUAUGAAGGAAUUAGUUGAACAAUUUGCAUUAUACGGUGCCAUUGAAGAGUAUCAUGCUUUAGAUGAAUAUCCAGCAGAGCAAUUUACUGAAGUUUAUCUUAUAAAAUUCCAAAAACUGCAAUGUGCCAGGGUGGCCAAGAAAAAAAUGGACGAACGAAGUUUCUUUGGUAGUUUGCUGCAUGUGUGCUAUGCUCCAGAAUUUGAAACAGUCCAGGAAACGAGGGAGAAGUUGCAAGACAGAAGAAAGUAUAUAGCAAAAGCAACAAAUCAAAGAGAUUGCUUCAUGUUAAAGAAAGUAGAGGGCCCUAAGAAGACCAUCAACUCCAAGCAUGACUGUCCAUGGAAUACGUCAGGAUCACCUGCAGCCAGUAACUGGGAUCCAUCCUGCUUUGCAAGUUCUUACGGGGUAUCCCACAACAUAGGGCAUCCACCUGCGAAUCAUAAUCAGAGCCUGUUGACAUUUCCCCAUAAUAACAACUGUGCUGAAACUUCUGGUUACUUUGGUCAAAGCACGUCCCUAACUCUAAGCAUACAGCCGGGAAGAUGUAUUCCUCCAGCUCCUUUAACGCAGCAAAGAACAGUUCCGAUUGAUAAUGGAGUUGAUAGGUUUCUGCCUCGUACAACUCACCUGCAAGAACGUAAGAGGAAGAGAGAAGAAGGUAACAAGUUUUCCCUCACUGGAACAACUGCGGACAAUACUGAAGUCAUUAUUGGUCCGCAGCUACCAGAAAUGCCUAAAGUGGAUAUGGAUGAUGAUUCUUUGAAUACUUCAGCUACAUUAAUUCGAAAUAAACUGAAAGAGGUAGCAGAUUCUGUUUCAAGAACAUCUGUGGAAAAGCCAGAGAGUAGCGCAGCCAAACCACUUGUAAAGCAGAGAAGAAGAAUAUAG